UGUCUGGUUGGGUUCUUAAAAAGUUCAAGGAUAUUAACAAAGGACAAACGAAGCAAUUUCUUUAAUUUAAAAUAACAGAAAUGCGUCUCUAUAUACUCUCGGCACUUUUGCUGGCCACCUUGGCUGCGGGCCAAUCUUCAGCUGGCAUUGAAAUAACAAAGCAAAGACUGGUCAAAUUUCCUGAGGAUUCAUAUGAUCCGAAUGUGGCGCCAGCGUCAUCCAGCAAAGCGGAUGAGGCACAGCGCAUACUCCAGCAGAUAGCCAAGGUAAACGAGGCCUUUGGCUAUGUGAAGAAGAAGCCGGAUAUGCCAAAGUUGCCGCCCAUACUCGACUCCAGUCAGUAUCUAUUUCCCAAGCCGGCACAGUCUCCGUUCCAUGCGCAGCAGCAUCAUUUCUCUGGCAGCAUGGGACAAACGCUAUUGGAGCCCUCAAUCCGAGCUGUCAAAUUAACCCGGAAUGCAUUUAAUGCAAAACCAACUGAUACGCAGUUGUAUUUUCGACCCAAUCGUGUGGAGUUACCAGCUCCCAGCUCCUCACAGGAGUCACAACAAUUGCCGACACACUUUGUCAUUCCCGUGCAUUUGUAUAAGCAGAAUAAGGAGCAAUAUUUGCGGGAACAUGCAGCAGAGCAAUAUCGUAUUAAAGGAUAUAAGAUUAUAGGCGAUGUGGACAGUUUCUAUGGCAAGGCGAAGCAGGCCAGGAAACAGGGCAAAAGCACGCCCAAAUAUCAUUUGUUCUUUUUGCCCAGAGAGUUGGCUUUCAAUGAAGAUGGCACACUUAAACGUGGCAGCACUACAAGCACUAUGGGCAGCACUACAAGCACCACAAUGGGCACCACUAAAGCACCCAGGAAAGAUUCGCGUGAGAAGCUGACAAAUAAAAUGCCAACACAACCACAAAAAAUUCCUGUGAGUGUUGUACAAGAUGCGAACAAUCGCAAGCGAGUUAAUGUGGUGAAUUCACCGACGAAACCAGUGCGUGGGGCUGCCAAGGAGGGGGAAGUCAAUCUACCUGUCUCCAAUCUGCCUGUCACCUCACCCGCCAUCAAGGUCACCGCUGCUCCCACCCACAUGAGUUCCACAUCGGCUCCAGUUCUUCCACAACGCAAUCGCUUGACGGGAUUCCGUGUGCCCAGCGUCAAUCUGGCCGAGAUGCAGAAUCAAACCUCAACGGCCAUUAAAAAUGCCUUUCAAAAUAUAUUCAAACUGCCCUUUCGCUCGUCAGCUGCCACAUCCCCUCCAGCUUUAGCUUCCACAUCCAACAGCGACGCCUUGACCAACUACCAGGAUGACUACAAGUGGCAGGAUGAACCAGAGGGUGCCGGCGAUGGCGUUGACAGUGACAUUGAUACCCUGGAAAACACAGGCGGGGAACUGGACAGCAGUGCUGCCUCCGAGAAGCAUCUGUUUGGCCACAAAACCCAGCAGCUGAUGCAUACCAUUGGCACCGUGGCCACCGCUCAUCAAGGCACCCAGAAGCAGGCACUGCGCGAGGGCGGCAUCAUCAUACAGCGCCUCAAGGUGCGCAAGGGCGGCAUUGCCAUAGCGGGACCGGGGGGCGUGGCCACAGCCGGCAGCGGUGGCACCGCAAUUGUGGGUCCCGGCGGUUACGCUCUGACACAUCCACGCAGUCUGACCAUAGCCGGGCCAGGUGCCAAGGUCAUUUCCAUACCCGCCGAGGUGGAUCUUAAGGAUGCACUGCAGCGCACUGAUGUGGAAUCUAAGAGUUUUCCGCGUGAGGGCAAAGUGGUGGCCACCGGACCCACUGUAUACUAUGCCCCGCCCACGGGCACUGAGGAGGGGUCGCCAGAUGAUGUAGAAUCCGAUUUUGAGGCUUAAGUUUCGCUUUAACGUUGUUUUUUUAACUAGCUGCAAUUGAUUUUUAAAUUUAUAGUCUGAGCUGUGGAUUCUAUUUAUUCGAUAACAAAUGUUGUUUAUCGAUCUGCCGCAUUGUUGGUGAAAUUACUAACAAGGUGAU